CCCGUGGAUAUCUACAUCGUAUCUGUUUCGAUGCACUCCAGGCCGAGCUACAAAAUGAGAAGAAGCAGCGUGAGGAGACAGACGCGAAGCUUGUGGCCACAAGUGCGACGGUGGAGGCCCAGAAUGCGGCGCUGGCAAUGCAGCAAACAAGGCUAGAGGAACUAACGAAGUUCCUAGCAGCUGUUGGCGAGAAGUCCGGUUUGUCCUUGCCACCAGAGCUCCUCCAUCCCCUCCCUUUGCCGGUGCCUGUUCUACCUACUCCUCAACAGUCGGCGGGUUCGAAUCCUACUCCUGCAGCAAUUGCAGAAGGCAUACCCUCACCAGGCGUUCAGUACCCACCAGGCGGAGCCCCAACGUCUUGAGAUGCAGUGGUAGUGCUUGUUGUGAACUUGUGUUGUGAACUU